AUGCGCAGAUUAUAAACCGUGGCGCUCGUUUUGUCAGCCGGGUUUACGUUACUAGCGUCGCCCCAUCUUCUCUGACGCUUUGGGAUAAAGUAAAGUUUUUCAGCAGACCACUCUCUCUUCUUGUCAAGAGGCAGACCAGCAUCACAGUGGACCAGUGGACUGUCAAGGCACCACGAUGGCGGCUCAGAUCAUUAGUGGAAAAGAUGUUUCGGCGCAGGUGAGGGAGAGGCUGAAGAAGGAGGUGGCGCAGAUGAAGGCCCAGGAUCCCAACUUCACACCCAGUAUGGUGAUUUUACAGGUGGGAAACCGAGAUGAUUCAAAUCUCUACAUCAGCAUGAAACUAAAAGCUGCAGCUGAGAUUGGAAUAAAUGCCACACACAUGAAACUUCCCAAUACUGCAACAGAGGAGGAGGUUCUUCACAGCAUCAGAGAGGUGAAUGAGAACUCGUCCAUCCACGGCCUUAUCGUCCAGCUGCCCCUGGACUCCAUCCAUAAGAUCGACACAGAGAAGGUCACCAACACCGUGGCCCCAGAGAAGGAUAUAGAUGGACUGACCAGCAUAAAUGCAGGGAAGCUUUCUCGUGGGGAGCUGGGCAACUGCUUCAUCCCCUGCACUCCCAACGGCUGCAUGGAGCUGAUCAGACAGGCUGGUGUGUCUGUGGCAGGGAAGCGUGCGGUGGUGAUUGGCCGCAGUAAGAUCGUGGGUGCACCGAUGCAUGACCUGCUGCUGUGGAACCACGCCACCGUCACCACCUGUCACUCCAAGACCGCCGACCUCGCCGGAGAGGUUGGCAAAGCAGACAUCCUGGUUGUUGGCAUCGGGAAAGCUGAAAUGGUGAAGGGGGAGUGGAUCAAGAAGGGAGCGGUGGUUAUUGACUGUGGCAUCAAUCACAUUCCAGAUGAGACCAAGCCUAGCGGGAAGCGGGUGGUGGGCGACGUCCACUAUGCCUCGGCUAAGGAGCAGGCUAGCUUCAUCACCCCGGUGCCUGGCGGUGUGGGACCCAUGACUGUGGCCAUGCUGAUGGCGAACACAGUGCUGAGUGCAAAGCGCUUCCUGGACAGCCAUCAGCCAGGGAAAUGGGACAUUUCGUACACCAAGCUCAACCUGCAGAAGCCUGUGCCAAGUGACAUAGUGAUUUCUCGCUCCUGCGUACCCAAGCCCAUUGACUGUCUGGCGAGGGAGGUGGGCCUGAUGUCCGAUGAGGUGGAGCUUUACGGCAAAACUAAGGCCAAGGUCCAGCUAGAUAUCAUCAAGCGCCUGCAGGCCCAGCCCGAUGGCAAAUACGUGGUGGUCACUGGCAUUACACCCACCCCCCUGGGGGAGGGAAAGAGCACCACCACCAUCGGCUUGGUCCAGGCCCUCGGAGCCCACAUGAAACUCAAUGUCUUUGCCUGCGUCCGACAGCCUUCCCAGGGACCCACUUUCGGCAUUAAAGGCGGUGCUGCAGGAGGCGGAUAUUCUCAAGUGAUACCAAUGGAAGAGUUCAAUCUCCAUCUCACUGGUGACAUCCACGCCAUCACUGCUGCCAACAACUUGGUGGCUGCUGCCAUCGAUGCCCGCAUGUUCCACGAGGCUACCCAGUCUGACAAGGCUCUGUACAACCGGUUGGUCCCCCUCAGUGGAGGCCAGAGGCAGUUCUCUGCCAUCCAGAUCAACAGACUUAAAAAACUGGGCAUAGAGAAAACUGAUCCCACCACUCUGACUGAGGAAGAGAUCACCCGCUUUGCGCGCCUGGACAUUGACCCUGAGUCUGUCACCUGGCAGAGAGUGUUGGAUACCAAUGACCGUUUCCUAAGAAAGAUCACAAUUGGCCAGUCACCUACGGAAAAGGGAUACACUAGAGAGGCCCAGUUCGACAUCACUGUGGCCAGUGAAAUCAUGGCGGUGCUGGCCCUCACCAGCAGCUUGGAGGACAUGCGCCUGCGCCUGGCUAAGAUGGUGGUGGCCACCAGUCGUAGUGGGGAGCCCAUCACCACCGAGGACCUGGGUGUGAGUGGAGCUCUGGCUGUACUAAUGAGAGAUGCCAUCAAGCCAAACCUCAUGCAGACUUUGGAGGGCACCCCGGUGUUCGUCCACGCUGGGCCCUUUGCCAACAUUGCCCACGGCAACUCCUCCAUCUUGGCUGACAAAAUCGCUCUGAAGCUGGUUGGACCCGAGGGCUUUGUAGUGACGGAGGCUGGUUUCGGUGCUGACAUCGGCAUGGAGAAGUUCUUCAACAUCAAGUGCCGAUACUCCGGCCUGAGGCCACACGUGGUGGUGCUCGUGGCGACUGUCCGAGCCUUGAAGAUGCACGGAGGAGGACCAACAGUCACCGCUGGGAUGCCGUUGCCUAAGGAGUACGUGGAGGAGAACCUCCCGCUGCUGGAGAAGGGCUGCAGCAACAUGAGGAAGCAGAUAGAGAACGCAAAGCACUUCGGGGUGCCUGUGGUGGUGGCCGUCAAUGCUUUCAAGACAGACACUGAGGCUGAGCUAGAUUUGAUCUGCAACAUGGCCAAGACCGCGGGGGCGUUUGAUGCUGUGCGUUGCUCCCAUUGGGCCGAGGGUGGCGCCGGUGCAGUGGCACUGGGCCAGGCCGUCCAGAGGGCCUCUGAGGCCCCGAGCAACUUCAAGUUCCUCUAUGAUGUGGAGCUCCCCAUUGUUGACAAGAUUCGCAUCAUCGCCCAGAAAAUCUAUGGAGCUGAUGAUAUUGAGCUGCUUCCAGAUGCCCAACAGAAGGUGGAGCGCUACACCAAACAGGGUUUCAGCAACCUGCCAAUCUGCAUGGCAAAGACACACCUGUCACUCUCUCACGAAGCAGACAAGAAGGGUGUGCCCACAGGUUUCAUCCUACCCAUCAGAGACAUCAGGGCCAGUGUGGGCGCUGGCUUUCUUUUCCCUCUGGUUGGCACGAUGCCCACAAUCCCCGGGCUGCCCACCAGGCCGUGUUUCUACGACAUCGACCUGGACCCAGAGACCGAGCAGGUCAACGGGCUCUUCUAAAGCACUGUUUACUGAAAUGGCCUUCCACCCCCCGCUGAGCCUUAAUGAAAUUUGAUGGAGUAAUAACUGGAGCGCCUUCCUUUCGCCUGCCAAUGUUUUUCUUCUUCUUCACAGUUUUUUUUUUCACUCAGUCACUGACAUCUGUAAAUAAUUCAUUUGCUGUGCCCAGGCCACUGAGGGAUGAAUUAAGAAAGCUAAUUAAUCACAGAACGGUUUCUCCCCAGAGACUGUCACUAUGUGUUGGACUUCUCGCAGGGAGGAAAUGUCCUAUUUACAUUCCUAUAAGAUACGUUGGUGGCUUCACAUGAACAAGCCCUCCCCAGGGUGCUUAUAUGCUGCAUUGAAUAUCCCCGUCCCUGUACUCCUGAUGAUAAUUAUGAUCAUACAUUUCAAAUUUGUUUGGGGCCAGGUCUGGAGCCUUGCAUCAGGUAGUUGUUUAUGUUUGUGUGUGUUACAGCUGAUACUGUCAUUAACAAUGAACCGUACUGACUGUGCCUUUGCAAGGAACACACUGUUCAAAAUUAGGCAAAACUAAUGCUGCCUUACAAAAUGUUUUGUUACAAUCUUUGCUGUUUAAAAAGACCUUGUCUAAUUGCACCGCAGAUUUUCUAUUUUGCUCGUCAUGUUUUCUAAUAAAAUAAUUUGGGUCUGACACUGUCGGAGUAAUUUUGCACUGCUGUGAAACUGACGAAUCAUGAUGCUGUACAUCAGUGGUUUUCACUUUUCUGUCAGAAAAGACUGAAUAAAGUCUCUUGGCUGUU